CAAAUUGCUCAGCCCACUUCCGAGCUUCGGAAGCUUCGCUCAAAACAUGCGACUGACAUGCUUUGGCCCCGGACCUCCACCAUGAGCAUGGCUUGGCGGGGGAAGUUUGACCCGGAGAAUGCCGAGGACUCGGAUGAGAGUAUGCUCUCGGUGCCUGAUGACGCGCGCGUGAAGCCCAUCGGCCGGAACGUCUAUGCCUUGCUCAUCUCCGACGUGACGCAGGACUAUGUCCGCUUGUGGCAAGGCAGCGCCAACCAAUGGGUGCGGAUCUGUCGCUUGGGCUACUCUGCUUUUCUGAUGUUCUUGGUGAUCCUCCUGCAGGUCUUUCUCCUGUAUGGCAUCUCCACAAUGCUUUGUGGCCCUUCAGUGAAGGAAAUCCGCCAAGCUUACAGCCUUUACGAGAAAGCCCUGUAUGGGGCUGAAGUGGAGGAGACAGUGAAUGGCUUCUGGCGUGGGAAGACUGGUGCAGUACCCAACGAGGAAGCUUUCAGCUCCUUGUCCUCCAGCGACCAAGCGAAGAUCUGCAACAUCCCGCUGUCACAGCCGCUUUUCACUGCGUCCAUCGUCUUCAUUUGGACCUUGACCUGCAUCGCAGAGGUGCGCUCCGCCAGUAUCUUGGCCUACGAUUUGCUUUGGGUCACACCCAUCGCGCCAGUGACCCAGUGCUUGGACCAUGGGCCAAGCAACCGCACCAUUGUCGGAUUGACCAGGGGUAUGAAGGCAUCCCUUUGUAUGGGUUGCUUUUUACCUCGGAUUUGUGCAGCUCUGUUGUUAAACUUGCUGGGCUGCCAUUGGAUUCUCUCUUCGACAGAUCUCCCUGCUCUUUUCUUGGAUGCUUUGGCUUUGGAAUUUAUUGUGCUUCUGCCGGAGUUGCUCUACCGAACCUUUGCCUCAGAGCGAUCUAUGCUCCGCACCCAGUCCACCUUUGUGCAAGCAGGCGAGAUCGUUGAAGUGUCCGUUAUGGAUAUCCUUCAUGUCUUCAUGUGGGGCAUUUUUGCCAUCCUGUGGACCUAUAUCUACAUGUUCCAUCUUCAGCCUAUUCUUCCAGGCUAUCGCUGGGAUGUGCACAAAGUUUGCGCUCAGCAAAUGAAGUGAAAAAAGCAAAUAACUUGCCAAUGAGGGACCAAGCAUCGCAUCAAGGAAAAAAGAA